CGACCGUUAAACCUUCUCAGAUCUUUGGCGCCAAUGAAGGGAAAUGAAUUACUCUCUCUUGCAGCUUCUCAACAAAACCCAUUCUCUGAAAUCAGUCAAAUCUAUCCACUCCCAUCUAAUACUGAACAAUUUGCUCAUCUCAUCAGACCUUAUUCUCAACAAACUUCUCCGUCUCUAUUCACGCUUUGGUGCCAUUGAGUACGCAUGCAAGCUGUUCGAUGUUAUUCCCCAGCCAAAUCCGUUUCUUUGGACAUCCUUGAUUCAUGGGUUUGUUGAGAAUUUUAAAUAUACAGAAGCUUUUAACGCGUUUACGAGAAUGCAUAGUGGGUCUGUGGAACCUUUGAAUUUUACUAUUGCGUCAGUUCUGAAGGGUUUAUCUCGUGAAAAGAGGUUAAAAGAAGGGGAAGAAAUCUAUGGCUUUGUGUUUAAAAAGGGUUUUGGCUCUGACUUGAUAGUGCAGAAUGCGGUUUUAGAUUUUUCCAUGAGAUGUGGGAAAGUGGAUUUUGCGAGGAGUUUAUUUGAUGAGAUGAAGGAAAAGGAUGUCGUUUCGUGGAAUACUAUGGUUUCAGGUUAUGGUAAUAAUGGUAGAGUUGAUAUUGCACGGGAAUUUUUUAAUGAGAUGACCGAGAGGAAUGUGGUUUCUUGGACAAGCAUAAUUAAUGUGUAUGUUAAGAGUGGGAACAUGGUGGAGGCCAGGGUUCUUUUUGAUAGAAUGCCUAAUAAAGACCUUGCGUCAUGGAAUGUGAUGGUUUCUGGAUAUGUUAAUGCUGGUGAUCCUUUCAGUGCUCGAUUUAUUUUUGAAGAAAUGCCAAUUCAUGGUGUUGAGACUUGGAAUUUAAUGAUUUUAGGGUUUUGUAAAUUAGGAAAGGUUGAACUUGCUAAUGAUUAUUUCAACAGAAUGCCAAAGAGAAAUGUUGCCUCAUGGACCAUAAUGGUAGAUGGAUAUAUUAAGUCUGGAAAUGUUGAUCAUGCAAGAUUCUUAUUUGAUCAGAUGCCAGAGAAGAAUCUGGUCUCUUGGUCGACAAUGAUAAGUGGUUAUGCCAAAAAUGGGCAGCCUCGUAAUGCAUUGGAUUUAUAUAAUUGCUUGAAAGGCCAAGGGAUCAAGCCAGAUGAGACUUUUAUAUUGGUAAUCAUCUCAGCUUGCUCACAGUUAGGGGUUAUAGAUACAGCUCAAUCAGUGAUUUGUGACUUUGUGGGGCCUUCACUUUUUUCUAAUUUGCGGGUCGUAACCAGUUUGAUAGACAUGUAUGCAAAAUGUGGAAGCAUUGAGAAGGCUGUGAAAGUCUUUGAGAUGGUUAAUGAAAAGGAUUUGCUGUGUUAUAGCACUAUGAUUACAGCUUUUGCAAACCAUGGAUUAGUCCAAGAUGCCAUUUCUUUGUUUGCUGAGAUGCAAAGGGCAAAUAUAAAACCUGAUGGAGUAGCUUUUCUUGGAGUUUUGACAGCAUGCAACCAUGGGGGUCUUCCAAAGGAAGGCAGGCUGUACUUUGAGCAAAUGAAAAAUGAAUAUGGAAUUCAGCCUUCAGAAAAGCACUAUGCAUGUUUUGUUGACCUUCUUGGUCGUGCUGGGUGUCUUGAAGAGGCACACAAGCUUAUAAGCAACAUGCCAAUUGCACCGCAUUCAGUUGUAUGGGGUGCUUUACUUGCAGCUUGUAGGGUCCAUUGCAAUGUCCAAUUGGCUGAAGUUGCAGCCAGUGAGUUAUUCAAGAUUGAGCCUGAUAAUUCUGGAAAUUAUGUUCUUCUAUCUAACAUUUAUGCUGCUGCUGGGGUGUGGGACGGCGUUGCUAGAGUAAGAACAUUGGUAAGAGAGCAUCAAGUCAGAAAGAACAGGGCUUCUAGCUGGAUUGAGUUGGGAUGUAUUGUCCAUGAAUUUGUCAUGGGAGACACUUCACAUUUUGAUUCAGAAAACAUAUACUUUAUCUUGGAUUUGCUCAGUCAAGAUAUGAAACUUUUGGGAUAUAUAAUGGACUAUAAGAAAACUCAAGUAUUGCCUUCCAACAUACACUACAACAUUUUGGAAGAUGGAUGACACAAUGAAAUGUGAUGGAGAUAGAGGUAAAUCUUGUGCUGAAUACUUCAAAAAAUAUUUAGAAAAGAUCCUCCCAUGGUUUUGUGACAUUUUUUUAGCUAGUAUAUCUAUGCUAUUCUGUGAGAGGGCGCUAACUUGUAGAAUUACCAACUGGCAAUUUGAAUCGAUUUAUCAGAAUGGAAACGGUAUACAGAACAGAUGUUAAACUUAUCAAGUUUAAUAGGGGAAUCCCAGUUCAAAGAGAAACCUGUAAGGUUUAUGAUUUUCUUGGAUGAUUUCAUUUCCUUUUCAUCCCUUGGGAUUUUGAUUUUGUGUUACAAAAAACUCACUUUGUUAGAGCAUAGGCUGUAAAGAAAUUUGAUUUUCUUGCUGCUUAUUUUCAUGAGCAAAGAGCUUGUAAAAAUACUUUGAAACUGGAAGUCCAAGGAUUAAGCCAACA